AUGGCUACCGAAUUUGAUGUCCCUGAUCAUUACGAGCGAAAUUCUUUGUAUGACCCCGCUUUGCUUUGGGGCCCACUACAAAUCAGUGAUGAACACUUCAAUCUGUUCCACUAUAUAGAUAGGAUGUUGUUCUACAUACUAUUUCGUCAACUUGGUCGGAAUGUUGAUGAAUCUAUGUAUAUCGUGGCGUUUCUGAUAUGGCUGGAGAAAAUCCAGUACUGCGGAGACGCCGUGUACACGGUGAUUUCGUGGUCACUGCCUCUGAUUCAUCAACUUUCCCAAGAAGUUGCAGCUUUCUUACUGUGUCUGCACAGUGAGAUAGGCGAUGAGUCUCUUAAUCUGUUUUUGCUUGGAACUUUAUGUUCGGGCCGCGACAUUGACGUGGUUCAUUUCCACAACAACCGGAUUAAGAUUCUCAUGAAUGUUAAUAAAAUUGUUGUUGAAAUUUGUACAAGGGCUUUUCGAGACAUAAUUGCUGGUAAUCCAGUGGUUGUGCAGCCGCCAUUUCACGCCCAUGUUGCAGGCGGCGGCUUUCCUCAACUAGGGUUUCAAGAAACUCUGGGAUCUGGAAAUUACCAGCCCCCAAACCCCCGACUGGCAAAUAUAUUGGAAGAUCCGAAUGCCGAUCUGAGUGAAAUUUUCGGAGGUCUGCAGUUGGUGGAUGGAUGCGAGGAUGAACCGGAUGUUGCACCGGAUGACAGGACUAUAUUCUUGACAUUCUCCAAGGGAUACUUCAUUCCUGAGGUGGAUAUUCGAGAAUUCUUUACAAGGAUUUUUGGCAAUUUUAUUGAGGACAUACAUAUGCAGGAGGUGCCGAGUGAUCAGCAACCCCUGUAUGCUCGAAUGGUUUGCCGUUCAUCGGCCAUCAUUCCUAAGAUAGCUCCUCCUGGGAACAAAUCUCUGUACAGCAUCAACGGCAAGCAUGUCUAUGCCAAGAAGUAUGAAAGACACAACAAGCGUGAGAAGAAACGCAGGGGGUCAACUUCUCAGGCUAAAAAUACUUAG